CGAGCACCCCCCUGGCCGCCGGCACUGCGCAGCCCGGCCCGAGCGGGGCCGGCGGCGGCGGUGAGGGGCGCCGCGGCCAUGAGGGCCGGCUCGCGGGUGCUGCUGGUGCUGCUCCUUCCCGUGUGGGGCUCGGCGGCGUACAAUGGGGAUCUUACAGUUAGACCCACAUGCAAGCCUGGCUUUUCAGAAAAAGACUACACAGCAUUUGUCUCCCAGAACAUCAUGGAAGGGCAGAAGUUACUCAAAGUAAAAUUUAAUAGCUGUGCCAGUAACAAGGGAAUUCGGUAUGAAUCCAACAGCCUGGACUUCAAGGUGAGAGCGGAUGGGACCGUGUAUGCUGUCCACCAGCUGCAAAUGCCCUCCAAGCAGAUGAUACUUACAGUAACCGCAUGGGAUCCCCAGACACGGGACAGAUGGGAGGCAAUUGUCAGAUUCCUGGUGGGAGAGAAAUCACAACACAGCGGACACAAGCAGCAAAAAGGAAGGAAGAGCGUGCCUGGGGAGGUCGCCCAGCAGCAAAGCGACACCCUAUUGCCGUGGCGCCAGCACCAGAACGCCAACGGCCUCCGCCGGCAGAAGAGGGACUGGGUCAUCCCCCCAAUCAACGUGCCAGAAAACUCGAGAGGACCCUUUCCACAGCAGCUGGUUCGGAUUCGUUCCGAUAAGGAUAAAGAAAUCCACAUCAGAUACAGCAUCACUGGCGUGGGGGCCGACCAGCCACCGAUGGAGGUGUUCAGCAUUGACCCCGUGUCUGGCAGAAUGUACGUGACCCGUCCCAUGGACCGAGAAGAACGGGCUUCCUACCAUCUCCGAGCUCAUGCGGUGGAUAUGAACGGGAACAAAGUGGAGAAUCCUAUUGACCUUUACAUCUAUGUGAUUGAUAUGAAUGACAACAGGCCGGAGUUUAUAAACCAGGUCUAUAAUGGAUCUGUUGAUGAAGGCUCUAAACCAGGUACCUAUGUGAUGACAGUGACGGCAAACGAUGCCGAUGAUAGCACUACAGCGAACGGAAUGGUGAGAUACCGAAUUGUGACUCAGACCCCACAAAGCCCAUCACAGAACAUGUUCACCAUUAACAGUGAGACGGGAGACAUUGUCACAGUGGCUGCAGGACUGGACAGAGAGAAAGUUCAGCAGUACAUAGUCAUCAUUCAAGCCACAGAUAUGGAAGGAAAUCUUAACUACGGUCUCUCAAACACGGCAACUGCAAUCAUCACGGUGACAGACGUGAAUGACAACCCGCCCGAAUUCACUACGAGCACUUAUUCAGGAGAAGUUCCUGAAAACAGAGUGGAAGUUGUGGUAGCAAAUUUGACGGUGAUGGACCGGGACCAGCCUCACUCACCCAACUGGAACGCCAUCUACCGCAUUAUCAGCGGGGACCCGUCUGGCCAUUUCACCAUUCGGACAGACCCCGUCACCAACGAAGGCAUGGUAACUGUCGUGAAGGCAGUCGAUUAUGAGAUGAACAGAGCUUUCAUGCUGACAGUGAUGGUAUCAAACCAAGCUCCACUGGCGAGCGGAAUCCAGAUGUCCUUCCAGUCUACAGCAGGAGUCACCAUUUCAGUUAUGGAUGUCAACGAAGCACCGUAUUUCCCAACGAACCACAAGUUAAUCAGGCUGGAGGAAGGGGUGCCUACGGGGACAGUCCUGACAACAUUUUCAGCUGUGGAUCCCGACCGCUUCAUGCAGCAAGCAGUAAGAUACUCUAAGCUGUCAGAUCCUGCAAACUGGCUGAACAUUAAUGCCACAAAUGGUCAGAUCACUACUGCUGCUGUCCUUGAUCGAGAGUCAGACUACAUUAAGAAUAAUGUCUACGAGGCCACAUUCUUGGCGGCUGACAACGGUAUCCCCCCGGCAAGCGGCACUGGCACUCUGCAGAUCUACCUAAUCGACAUCAACGAUAACGCUCCUGAGCUCCUGCCAAAGGAGGCACAGAUCUGUGAAAAGCCAAACCUGAAUGUCAUCAACAUAACAGCCGCAGAUGCUGACAUCGAUCCAAACGUCGGGCCCUUUGUCUUCGAGCUGCCAAGUGUGCCAUCUGCGGUGAGGAAGAACUGGACCAUAACGCGGCUAAAUGGCGAUUACGCCCAGCUUAGUUUACGAAUCAUGUACCUGGAAGCUGGCGUCUAUGAUGUCCCAAUCAUCGUGACGGACUCAGGAAACCCCCCACUGUACAACACAUCCGUAAUUAAAGUGAAGGUGUGCCCCUGUGAUGAGAAUGGAGACUGUACCACCAUUGGGGCGGUCGCUGCAGCUGGACUGGGCACGGGUGCCAUCAUAGCCAUCUUGAUAUGCAUCAUUAUUUUACUCACCAUGGUCCUGCUCUUCGUGGUGUGGAUGAAGCGCCGGGAGAAGGAGCGCCACACGAAGCAGCUCCUCAUCGACCCCGAGGACGACGUCCGCGACAACAUUCUCAAGUACGACGAGGAAGGAGGCGGGGAGGAGGACCAGGAUUACGAUUUAAGCCAGCUUCAACAGCCAGAGACCAUGGAUCAUGUGCUGAACAAGGCACCUGGCAUCAGAAGGGUAGAUGAGAGACCUAUUGGUGCCGAACCGCAGUAUCCGAUAAGACCAGUAAUCCCGCAUCCUGGGGAUAUUGGUGACUUCAUUAACGAGGGCCUGCGGGCGGCCGACAACGACCCCACGGCCCCCCCCUACGACUCGCUGCUGGUGUUCGACUACGAGGGCAGCGGCUCCACCGCCGGCUCCGUCAGCUCCCUCAACUCCUCCAGCUCCGGGGACCAGGACUACGACUACCUUAACGACUGGGGCCCCCGCUUCAAGAAGCUGGCGGACAUGUACGGGGGAGGCGAGGAAGAUUAGACUGACCUCACAUUAUUAAAAAAAAAAAGAAGAAGAAGAAGAAGAAGAAACGAUUAAAAAGAAAAAAAACACCCCACGGAUGACAACAUUAACAAAAAGAACCGAUGCAGAAGCAGGAACUGUACAGAUGUGGCAGCUUUUUUAAUUAAUAUCCCCUGCUGACUGUAUUGUUAUUUUUAGUGGUGAUUUAGGAGGUUUCUUUUCUUUUUUCCUUUUUUUUCUUUCUUUUUUUUUUUUUUUUUUUUAGAAUAUUGAGCUGUCUCGCAUGAACACUUGUCUGCUGCAUUUUUCCCCUCCCUUUCUUUUUAAUGUCAGCUGGGAUAUUGCUCGUUUAUCUGCUUUAUGACUAAAGAGAGUGAAAGGCACUCUGUCUUAACUUGAAUUUCUUAGAACAGAAGCACUGUUUUUAAAAUAUAUAUAUAUAUAUAUUUGAAAGUGCCUUUUGGUGCAUGUAUCAGAUUCCCUUCAAUCUCAGGAGUGAUGAAAACAAGCAUACAACCAUCCUGGGCAGCACUCCCUGUGACCCUCAGCCAGCUCUAGCUGGGAAGGCGUUAACAAAAAGGAACUGUGGAGAUUGGUUCUUUUUUGUCUUUUCUUCCCCCCCCCCCCCAUUUUUUUUUUUUUUCUUUAAGGGGUGUCUCAUUUCGGGGUGAAGAGGACGGGGGGGGUGGCGGGAGGGGAGGAUGUUUCGAGUCGAAAUCUCAACAGCCAUCUCGAAGCCUAAGCGGGUGGUGAACUUAGCCGCCACGUUGUACAUAAUUCAGCGUCGCGAGAUGCGAAAUCGCGGCCGGGGGGCUCCGCGCGGGGCCGGAGCGCCGAGGCGGCCGCUGCCCGCGGCCGGCGCCGGCCGCAGCCGCCCGAGCGACCCGUGGACCCUCCCGAGCGGAGGCUCCGCGACGGCGGCCGGCGCCCCGGGAAGCCCCCGCUUUUGCCCUGCGCUGCCGCACGGUCUGAUCCCGUGCUGCCGCCCGUGAGCGCCUGGCACGUCCCCGGUGCGCCGCUGCCCGCCGUGAACGCUCCUCGUGGAGAAGAACUGCGACGGGCGCCUGUUAGUGUCUUGUGGUUGAUGCGCUCCAACGUUGCCAAGUCAGCAAGAGGUUUUGCAGCAUCCAGGCAUAAUUCAACAUCAGUAUUAUAAAUGGUAGCAUACUACCUAGUUUAUAUGUAGGGUCAGUUUAACCAAUAACAAAUAGUUAUUAGCUUUUUCUAUUACAUUUUUCCUUUACUGAUUUGGACUAGUGGAUUUAUGUCUAAUGUUUGUAAAAUGAUUUAGACUGCAUGGAUGUGUAAUAUAAACCACAUUUAAUGGAUUAUGAGCCACUUAAUUAAUGUGCUAUGAAAUCUUGGAUUACCUGUGUUUUAUAUUCUGCAGAUGAUUUUGCAGUGGGUUCGCUAAAAAUUGUAAAAGUGCUUAGAUAUAUUUUCAUUUAAAUCCAAGAAUGUGCACAGUAUUGGAAGGUGAUUAUCCAGGGGAUAAUCACGCUUUUUUGAUAUCUUGAUUAAUUCUCAAGUCGAAUGCUACGAGUUAAAGGGGGGGGCGGGGGGCCAGGGAGCGCAUGCACGCGAGAGAGCGCGAGUGAGAGCAAGCGAGCUUGUGGUCGCGAAUGGACGUUGUUGAAGAGGGUCUACUAGGCUGCAAGAGCGUCCCUAUAGAUUUUUGAAAUGCUCCUGGUGCAUUUUAUAUUUCAUUGUAUCAUAUUUUCUAUAAAAUGCAAUUUCUGUAAAUGAA